AUGAAGAUUGAUCUUGAUCUUUGGUUUGAUGAUUGGGUGCGCAUCGUUGAGGGAUCUAUUGCUGCACAACAAGAGAAGCCGUUCUUGCUCAUUGCUUUACGGGUUCAAAAAUGCUGGGCAGAAAUGAUGCUCAACUGUAAAGCCCUUCGAGCCAUGGGCGUCGAGAACGUUGCUACCAUGUCCUCCACUGAGCGAAACAUUCUCCUUGCCGCUAAAUCUAGUGCCCGCAGACACCUACGGCUCAUCAUCGUCGAGCCAGACUUCUAUCUGGCCAAACUCAAAUAUGCAAUGGACUUUGUGUGGGCCAAAUGCGCGUUUUCAUUCCUGCUGCUUCUCAAGCUCUCAAGACUCCUACCCGAACGAGAUGAAGAGUACCAGGAGCUUUUGGAACACGGAAAUCGACUAGUCGACGAGCUGAGUAAGGCUGGAUCGAAUACGAACCAGUCCGGAGCGGGUAAUAUCUAUCUUCAAAUCUUGAAGGUCAGCAUCGAGAAGUACGGUCGUGCGUUGCGGGAAUUACAGCAGCCCAGCCCCAGUGGGUCGACAGCCACAUCGCCGUUUUGGGAACUAUUCGAUGCGCAGGCGGACCUACAAUGGUUUGUGCCAGAGCAGUUUGUUUCAGAAUGGGAUUUCCCGGGUCUGAACUUGUUCUACUUCCCCACUGCAUGGCAGGGCUUCUUUGGGGACUUCUCGCUGGCUAUGUGA